UGCCCAAUACGAGACUGUGGCCGAAAGUUUAUUCAGCGAUCGGCCCUGACAGUACACACGCGCGUUCACACUGGCGAGAGGCCUUACGUAUGCGAUACAUGCUUCAAGGCCUUCUCCGACUCAAGCUCGUCGGCUCGCCACCGACGUAUCCACUUGGGACGUCGACCUUACCGCUGU